AAAAUUUGGCAGAUAGUGGAAAACCUCUAGUGAAUUCUCCCGCAAUAGAAGCCCGUAAAAUGAGACCUUGAGAGGCAUUUGAGGUAAGGUAGUCUAUAUACUUCAGAUAUCUCUGAAGGCUUUUGAGUGUACCAUGCUGUUUUCCUGGAGAGGAGGCCCAGGAGCUCGGCUUUUGCUACUCUCGCUUCUGUACCUUGUAGUCUGGGAGGCGGGGAGCGGCCAGGUCCACUACUCGGUUCCGGAGGAGGCCAAACACGGAACUUUCGUGGGCCGCAUAACGCAGGACCUGGGGCUGGAGCUGGCGGAGCUGGUGCCGCGUCUGUUCCGGGUGGCAUCCAAAGGCCGCGGGGACCUUCUGGAGGUAAAUCUGCAGAAUGGCAUUUUGUUUGUGAAUUCUCGGAUCGACCGGGAGGAGCUGUGCGGGCGGAGCGCGGAGUGCAGCAUCCACCUGGAGGUGAUCGUGGACCGACCGCUGCAGGUGUUCCAUGUGGAGGUGGAAGUUACAGAUAUUAACGACAACCCACCUGUGUUCCCUGAAAGUGAAAAAAGAAUAAUCAUUGCUGAAUCUAGACCUCCGGAAACUCGGUUCCCACUAGAUGGCGCAUCUGAUGCAGAUAUUGGAGUAAACUCCGCCUUGACCUACCGAGUCUAUCCCAACGAUUAUUUCACUUUGGACACACAAAACAACCGUGAAGAAACGUCUUCGUUAUCACUUGUGUUAAGGAAAUCAUUGGACAGAGAGGAAAUUCAGGAACAUAGUUUAUUAUUGACAGCUAGUGAUGGAGGCAAACCCGAGCUGACCGGCACAGUUCAGCUGCUGAUUACAAUCCUGGAUGUGAAUGAUAACGCCCCAGAAUUUGAUCACUUAAUUUAUAAAGUGAGAAUGUUAGAGAAUGCAUUUAAUGGAACAUUAGUGAUCAAACUAAAUGCCACAGACCCUGAUGAUGGGACAAAUGCAGACAUAAUCUACUCAUUUAGAAGACCUGUAUCACCUGCAGUAUUAUAUGCGUUUUCCAUAAAUCCCGGCAGCGGAGAAAUUCGGACAAAAGGUAAAUUGGAUUUUGAAGAAAAGAAAUUGUAUGAAAUAUCCGUGGAAGCAAUUGACAAGGGGAAUAUUCCAAUGGCGGGUCAUUGUACCAUUUUGGUGGAAAUAGUAGAUAUAAAUGAUAACGCCCCAGAAGUUACCGUCACUUCUUUGGCUCUUCCGGUGCGAGAGGACGCUCAGGUGGGCACUGUCAUCGCCUUGAUCAGCGUGUCCGACCGUGACUCCGGCGCCAACGGGCAGGUGACCUGCUCCCUGAUGCCCCACAGCCCCUUCAAGCUGGUGUCCACCUUCAAGAAUUACUAUUCACUAGUGCUUGACAGCGCCUUGGACCGCGAGAGCGUGGCGAACUAUGAGGUGGUGGUGACAGCGCGGGACGCGGGCUCGCCUUCCCUGUCGUCCACAGCCAGCGUGUCCGUGGAGGUGGCCGAUGUGAACGACAACGCGCCCGCGUUCGCGCAGCCCGAGUACACGGUGUUCGUGAAGGAGAACAAUCCGCCCGGCUGCCACAUCUUCACGGUGUCGGCGCGGGACGCUGACGCGCAGGAGAACGCGCUGGUGUCCUACUCGCUGGUGGAGCGGCGGGUGGGCGAACGAGCGCUGUCGAGCUACGUGUCGGUGCACGCGGAGAGCGGCAAGGUGUACGCGCUGCAGCCGCUGGACCACGAGGAGCUGGAGCUGCUGCAGUUCCAGGUGAGCGCGCGCGACGCGGGCGUGCCGCCUCUGGGCAGCAACGUGACGCUGCAGGUGUUCGUGCUGGAUGAGAACGACAACGCGCCGACGCUGCUGCCCGGGCCGGGCGGCGGGGCGGGCGCUCUGAGCCAGCUGGUGGCUCGGUCGGUGGGCGCGGGCCACGUGGUGGCGAAGGUGCGCGCGGUGGACGCGGACUCGGGCUACAACGCGUGGCUGUCGUACGAGCUGCAGCCGGCGGCGGGUGGCGCGCACAGCCCGUUCCGCGUGGGGCUGUACACGGGCGAGAUCAGCACGACGCGCGCCCUGGACGAGGCGGACGCGCCGCGCCAGCGCCUGCUGGUGCUGGUGAAGGACCACGGCGAGCCGGCGCUGACGGCCACGGCCACCGUGCUGCUGUCGCUGGAGGACAGCGGCCAGGCGCCCAAGGCCUCUUCGCGGGCGUCGACGGGCGCCGCUGGCGCGGAGGCCGCUCUGGUGGAUGUGAACGUGUACCUGAUCAUCGCCAUCUGCGCGGUGUCCAGCCUGUUGGUGCUCACGCUGCUGCUGUACACGGCGCUGCGGUGCUCGGCGCCGCCCAGCGAGGGCGCGUGCGGGCCCGGGAAGCCCACGCUGGUGUGCUCCAGCGCGGUGGGGAGCUGGUCUUACUCGCAGCAGAGGCGGCAGCGGUGUGCUCUGGGGAGGGGCCGCCCAAGGCAGAUCUCAUGGCCUUCAGCCCCAGCCUUCCUCCUUGUCUGAGUUCUGCAGAGGUAACAGGUGAAAUAGAACCAGAUUCAGAACAGUUG